AUGGAAGGUGAGGGAGUUAUCCAUGGACGAGGUAAAAAUAAACAACAUUGUAGUGAGGAAGAGACAAAAACAUUGAUUGAUAUCCUACGAGAACUAGCUGCAGAUUCAACAUGGAAAACUGAUGGGGAAUUCCGGAGUAAUUACAUGGAUGAUGUCUACAAGAGAAUGUUGGAGAGGAUUCCCUCAUUUUCAAAGAAAGUGUCUCCACAUCUUCAGUCGAAGAUUAAGUGGCUAAAAAAUAAGUACCAUGCUAUGACAUCUGUAGACAAAGUGGGUGCGAAUGGAAUGAGGGAUAGAGCAGCUGGAGUUGUUACUCAGACUUAUGUUGGAGUUGUGCAUGAAAUGGAAAAUGUCAUAAAUGUGGAAACAGAGAAUGAGACUUUCACUACUUCAUCCGGUGACGAAAAUGUUAUAAUUGAGGAUUCAGAAGUGAAAGCAGUGCCGAUUCCUUCAUCAAGCACUCAAGUUUUAGGCAAGCGAAAGAGUCUCUCACCAAAACUUGUAGCUCUCAUGAAGAAGAAAAAGACAUCUGCAGAACCUCAAAUACUUGAGAAUAACUUCAAGGAUUUCACUGGCAAGUCUGGAUCUUUGAUGGAGGUAAUUACUUCUCAAUAUUCUGUCAUUGCAAAUGCUUUAAAUGCUGAUUCGAAACCUGAGCCACUUGCUUCAAAUAAAAUGCAAGAAGUUGUUAAAGAAUUGCUUUACCUCUAG